CAGCGGUGGAUGAGGAGGAGCUCUUCUGGUGCUGAUGCUGCAGCUCUAUAUAAGCGUCUGAGAGCAGCAGAGCAUCAGUGUGUGUCGAGAUGUCCGACUCUCUGCUGCCCGCGUGUGUUCUCUGUCUGCUGGCGCUCUCUGCGCUCUCAUCCGCCUGCUACAUCCAGAACUGCCCUCGAGGAGGCAAGAGAUCCCAGCCAGAGCCCGUCAGACAGGUACAGACCAGCAUCUUCAUCAUCAGCUUCAUCAGUGAUACUGUGGACAUUAACUGCAGCUUUUUAAGUAGUUCGACAGAAUUCAGAAUGCCUUUCAUUUCAAGUCCAUCUGUACUAAAAGAGCUGUCCCCCGCUUCGUGGAUCCAGAUUGCUCUGAAGACGUGGGAAUCUCAUCAGACUGAAGACGGCGUGGCUCUGAAGGGUGUUUCUGGAGAAAUGCUGCUGCUGGAUGCCAUUGCCAGUUGUUGUCUGAGAGUUUCAAAGCACAUCCGUCGGGACGAUCUCCGUUUGGUCUCCAAAUAUGAGAUCCAGCAUAAAUCUGGUGUCUGUGAAAUCGAUGCAGUGGUAUUACACAUCAAAAAGAAAUGGAUCUGUGCUGAUCUCAGAGUCUUGAAGCGCUUGAAGAAACUCAAGAAGAAUAACAAACCCAAACGGACGGGCGGGGUGUCCUGCGGGGCCCGGGGCCGAUGCGCGGCUCCAGGUGUCUGCUGCGACUCUGAGAGCUGUGUUCUGGAUCCAGAUUGCUCUGAAGACGUGGAAUCUCAUCAGACUGAAGACGGCGUUGCUCUGAAGGGUGUUUCUGGAGAAAUGCUGCUGCGUUUGCUCAAUCUGGCCACUCGGAGACAAAGACCCUUCUGA